ACUAACUCCUUAGAAUUAAAAGGUUAAGAUUAAAUUACAUUAACUUUUUAAUGCUUAUUUUUCUAUUAUAGAAAUAAUAUAUAUUCAUGAAACAAAUUUGGGAAGAAGAGGAAAGAUGGGAAAAAACUACUCCCUCAUUUUACCACCUUAGUAAAACCAUUGUUGAUGUUUUGAGACAGUUACUUUAUUGUGAUUUCUAUUAGGUUUUUUAUUGUUUACAUCAUUAUAAUAACACAGCAUAUAUAAUUUUGUAUCAUGUAUUUACAUUGUAUUGUAAGCACUACUGUACAUCAUCAUGGCUGCCUUUUUUAAUGGCUGCAUAAUAUUCCAAGUGGAGAGUUGACUAACCAUUCUCUUUGGUUUUAGAAUUUACACUGUUGGCAACUCUUUCUUUUUUGGCUUUCAUAUGAAAUACUGCAAUGAUUACAUGGGAGCAUAAAACUCCUUAUUUACAGUUAUUUUCUUAGGACUUAUUUGCCAAGUAGAAUAAUAUAGUUCAAAGGUAAUGUACAUUUUAAAGGGUUUUGAAAAAAUACUGCCUAUUUGUUUUGGGGGGGGCAAGGGGAAAGGUUGCAUCAUCAGUAAUACAUUAUAGUGCCUAUUUGUGGGCCCCUGGGUGGCUUAGUUGGUUAAGUGUCUGCCUUUGGCUCGGGUCAUGAUCACGGGGUCUUGGGAUCGAGUCCUGCAUCGGGCUCCUUGCUCAGUGGGGAGCCUGCUUCUCCCUCUGCCUGCAGCACCCCCUGCUUGUGCUCUGACAGAUAAAUAAAAUCUUAAAAAAAAAAAGUGCCUGUUUGCUCUGUUUCCCUCCAAUUUAAUUCAGAUUUCAAUUUGUUAGCACUGGUCCAUUUUUUUCCAGCUGAUGGACAUUCACAAAUCCUAAUCUGUCAUUUAUUGCAUUAUCUAUCCCCACUGGUUUUGCAACCCAUUACAGAUCUGCUAAACAUGUUACAUAUUUCUCCAUCUAGGCAGUGAAUAACAUUUUUUCAUAAAAUGUUAAGAACAGAGUCCAAAGGAAGAUAGUAAAGACCAUGUUUACAUGUAUCAAUUUAUCAAUACUCUUUGGAUAUUGUUUAAAGAGCUUCACUGGCAGCUUCAUCAACAUUUUGAUUAUGACUAAUAAAAGAUACUUAGGUCACAUAACUGUAGUAUCUUAGUCUACUUUUUUCCAUCUUGUUCACAAUGAUUUAAUAGAAAACUCUGACAAAUGGAGUAUUGAGGGAUGAUUUCUCUUUGGCUUUUCCCCCUCAUGAUUCCAGGCUGUAUUUUACACAUUUUUGUGUAUCAGAGCCUAGCACAGAGCUUGCUUGAUACAUAGUACACAGAUUCUCAAUAAGUUUAUUUGAAUGAUAUGCUUAAUUUGGCAUGAAUUUAAUGAACCUCUGUUGUCCACCAUAGUUCCAAACCAUUAAUAAACAUACAUGUUCAUUUAGGAAUGGCAGAUGUUUAAUGGAAAGAGUACUUGGAAAAAAAAAGAUUUUAUUUAUUUAUUUGAGAGAGAGAGAGUGGAAGGAGCAGAGUGAGUGGGACAAGCAGACUCUGUGCUGAGGAUCCUGAGGUCAUGACCUGCGCUGAAAUCAAGAGUUGGUUGCUUAACUGACUGAGCCACCCAGGCCCCUGCCCCCGCCUCAAAGAGCACAUUUUAUAAUUAGAAGUCCCUGUAAGUUGGCUUUGCAACUUACAAGUUGGUAACUCUGUAAAUCCAGACCUUACUCAGUUUGUUCAUCUACAAAAUGGUGAUAACCCAUCUUCCUUACUUUCCUCAUAGGGUUCUUAGAAGAAUUAAAGUGUUUUUCUCUAAAGGGAAAUCUGAUCAUGUCCUUACUUGGACUUUUUAAGACCCUGUAAUAACUUUUUAUUGCCCUCAAGAAAGAGUUAAAUCCUUUAACGUGCCAGAGACUUCUGUGAUCACCAUUCUAACAAUGAAAGCUCUCUUUUGCUGCAAGGCCUUUUGCACAAGCUGUCUGCCUUGCCUGUAAAGCUAUUUUCUGCACCCUUCUAUGUUGAUUACUACUAGCAGCAAUUCUACUAAUAGCAAUAGCUAAAAUCUACUGAAUUCUUACUAGGCAUGGGACACUCUACAUAUAGUGGUUUAUAUUUUAUCAAGUAGAUACUAUUAUCUGUUUUACAGAUAAGGCACAGAGAAGUGAAGCAACUUACCCAGAGUAACACAGCUAUUAAGCCUCAGCUUACAAAUUCACAUCUGUCUGAAUUCAAAGCAGAUGUUCUCAAUUUCUACUAUUAUGGUAUCAACUUUCUCCAGAAAGUCUAACAUCUUUAACAUCCUCUAAUAGCCAAUGUGGUAAGAUUAGCACUUAAGGCACUGCUUUAUAAUUGCCUGUGUACUUUAUGCGGGGCUCUGCAACCAGAGGGAUAAACAAUCCAUUUGAACUCAGACAAGACUGCAUCUAGUUUACUUUUGUUUCUCCAGCUCCUAGCAGUUCCUGCUACACAUAAUGGGCAUUAAUAAAUAUUUGCUGAAUAAAUAAAUCUGUGAAAGUGUUUUUAAACAAGACAUAAGACAAUGUUAUUUUUGAAUUUAGUUAAGGAACAUCACCAGGCUUACCAGUUUGUGAUGUAUGGGAUCCACUUUCCCCCCUUUUUGCAGUGUAGUACACUUGCUUAUAUCCGUUCUUCUGUGAUCUCUUUUGUUUGCCACAAUUCCUUAAAUACUAUCGACAAAUAUUCCCCAUUCACAACUGCGAUACUGUCUUCUGAGAAAAUCUUUUACAGAGGAGAAAAACUAAAAUGUUAAAAUUACUUUUCCCUUCAUAGCAAGGGAAAACUUUUUUUUUUUUUUAAGUACAGCGCAGCAAAACAUUAGAGAUCUCUAAGGGAAAAACUAUCUUUUAAAAAUGAACUUCAAAUCAAGACUAGGCUGAUUGGAGAAAAGCAACCUAGCACAUUUAUAAAUGAAACGUUCUGGCGCUGCCUAGGCAGUGUUGUCCCCAGGUGGCAUCUUAUUUUUCAUAAUAUUUUACUGAAGUCUUUCAGUAAUAUAAAUAGAGAAAACAGGUGCUGCACCGAGCAGGGGGUUUGUCCAAAUCAACCUUUUUUGGCUCAGUUUUUUGAUAGAAGGCCCAGAACUUAAGGUAAUCAGUCCUGCAGCUCUUACCACCUUCAAGGAGAAGGAAAAAGAAGAUGGUGAAAAAAGAGGGAGAGGAAGUGUGGCAAACAGAUGAAACUAUACUUCAUACAGAGCAAGGGCUUGGCCUCCUUCCCAAGGUGCGGCCCCUCAAACUGACCGUUUACAUUCUGUUAAUUUUGUCUUUUCAAUGAAAAAAGGACGCCUGGUUUUAUAAGUAAGAGGAUAUACAAAAAAGGAAGGUAUUCGUCUCGUGAGAACUUCACCACCCCGAUCAGCUUCUGGGAAGGCCACCGCGAACAGCCCAUCCAACCGCCGGCCCGCUCUCGGAUGCCCCGGGGGCCGGACGCCUGGCGAGGGUUCCCCUCGCGCUCCCGCUACCCACAAGCCACCGCGCCUCGGCGCGCCUGCGCAACGGCGACGGCCCUCUCAGGAAGAGGAAAAUGGAAUAAACAACUCGGAGGAACCAGAGCGCGAGAGAGCGAGUGGAGGCAGAAUUUAAAAAUAAACCGGCCUCUUCACCCUCCCAGCCGGUUCAUCGCCGCCGCUCCCCCUUCCCUAGCCCGCGCCCUCGAAGGCCCCGUCUGGGCCCGCGCGCCCACCCCGUCGUCCCGCGCGGCCCCUUUAAGAAAAGAGAACGAGAGAGUGAGUGAGAGAGAAUCCCAACUCUCCCCCUCCCCUCCCUUCCCUCCUACCCCCUCCUCCCUCCCCUCUCCCCUCCCCCCCUCUCCCCGGGCGGCUCCGGCUCCCGCAGCGGGACAGACCCACCCGCCCAGGCUUUUAUCCGGCACCGGCAGCGUCUUCCUUCCCUCCUCGGUCUAUGGUGGCGGCGGCGGUGGCGGCUCCUCGGGCGGCAGCGGAAGACGAGGCUGCGGCGUUGCCAUGAACAGUGGCGGCGGCCUCCCGCCCCCCUCGGCCGCCGCCUCCCCUUCCUCCUCCUCGCUGGCGGCGGCAGUGGCGGUGGUGGCCCCGCCGGGGGUCGGGGGUGUCCCCGGCGGGGCGGCGGCGGGAGUGAAGCUGAAGUACUGCCGCUACUACGCUAAGGAUAAGACUUGCUUCUACGGGGAGGAGUGUCAGUUCCUGCAUGAGGACCCGGCCGCCGGAGCUGCCCCGGCCCUCGGCCUCCAUAGCAACAGCGUCCCCCUGGCUCUGGCGGGCGCGCCCGUGGCCGCCUUUCCGCCCGGAGCAGUCCCGGGCGGGGGAGCCGGGCCGCCCCCGGGGCCCAAGAAGCCGGACCUAGGGGGUCCGGGUGCAGGAGCCGCAGCCGGCGGAGGAGGCAGCAGCGGGGUACUCGAUGGACCGCGGCUGGCAAUUCCUGGAAUAGAUGGAGGUGCUUUAACUGAUACGAGUCUCACAGAUUCUUAUUUCAGCACCAGCUUUAUUGGAGUCAAUGGAUUUGGAAGCUCAGUGGAAACAAAGUAUCCCUUGAUGCAGAGAAUGACUAAUAGUAGCAGCUCCCCCAGCCUUCUAAAUGACAGUGCCAAGCCAUAUACAGGCCAUGAUCCUCUAACUUCACCUGCUUCAUCCUUGUUUAAUGAUUUUGGUGCCCUCAACAUCUCUCAGAGAAGAAAGCCAAGGAAGUAUCGCCUGGGGAUGCUGGAGGAGAGGCUAGUUCCGAUGGGAUCAAAGGCGCGAAAAGCAAAGAACCCUAUUGGCUGCCUUGCUGACAGGUGUAAAUCAGGAGUACCCAUCAAUAUGGUUUGGUGGAACAGAGUCACAGAAAACAAUUUACAGACACCAAAUCCUACUGCAAGCGAGUUUAUUCCUAAAGGAGGAUCAACCUCCAGGCUGAGUAACGUGUCCCAGUCAAAUAUGUCUGCCUUCUCUCAAGUGUUCUCUCACCCAUCCAUGGGAAGUCCUGCUGCUGCUGGAUUAGCACCAGGAAUGUCCUUGUCUGCUGGAUCUUCCCCUCUUCAUUCUCCCAAGAUCACUCCGCAUACUUCUCCUGCCCCCAGAAGAAGAAGUCACACUCCAAAUCCAGCAAAUUACAUGGUGCCUUCUAGUGCCUCUACACCUGUUAAUAAUCCUGUUUCUCAGACUCCAUCUUCUGGUCAGGUGAUCCAAAAGGAAACUGUCGGUGGGACGACUUACUUCUAUACAGACACAACCCCAGCACCUUUGACUGGAAUGGUAUUUCCAAACUAUCAUAUUUAUCCUCCAACUGCACCUCAUGUUGCUUAUAUGCAACCAAAAGCAAAUGCACCUUCCUUCUUCAUGGCUGAUGAACUCCGACAGGAGCUGAUUAACAGGCAUUUAAUAACAAUGGCCCAAAUUGAUCAAGCAGAUAUGCCAGCAGUCCCUACAGAAGUUGACAGCUACCAUAGCCUAUUCCCUCUAGAACCACUGCCACCACCCAACCGGAUACAGAAAUCAAGUAAUUUUGGAUAUAUUACAUCUUGCUACAAAGCUGUAAAUAGCAAAGAUGAUCUGCCAUAUUGCCUUCGGAGGAUACAUGGUUUUCGUCUUGUUAACACGAAGUGCAUGGUGUUGGUUGAUAUGUGGAAAAAAAUUCAGCACUCAAAUAUUGUAACCUUGCGUGAAGUAUUUACCACUAAAGCAUUUGCAGAGCCUUCUCUUGUGUUUGCAUAUGAUUUCCAUGCUGGAGGAGAGACUAUGAUGAGCAGACACUUUAAUGACCCUAAUGCUGAUGCCUAUUUCACAAAGAGAAAGUGGGGUCAACACGAUGGACCAUUGCCCAGACAGCAUGCGGGAUUAUUGCCAGAGUCUCUUAUUUGGGCAUAUAUCGUCCAACUGAGUUCUGCAUUGCGUACCAUUCAUACAGCAGGUUUGGCAUGUCGAGUUAUGGACCCAACAAAGAUUCUGAUAACUGGCAAAACAAGGUUGCGAGUAAAUUGUGUUGGAGUUUUUGAUGUUUUAACAUUUGAUAACAGUCAGAAUAAUAAUCCAUUGGCAUUAAUGGCUCAAUACCAGCAAGCAGAUCUGAUAUCAUUAGGAAAAGUUGUGUUGGCUUUGGCUUGCAACUCUUUGGCAGGAAUUCAGCGAGAGAAUUUACAGAAAGCCAUGGAACUGGUGACAAUCAACUACUCCUCUGACCUGAAGAAUCUGAUUUUGUAUUUGUUGACUGACCAAAACAGGAUGCGAAGUGUAAAUGACAUCAUGCCCAUGAUUGGUGCUCGAUUUUAUACUCAAUUGGAUGCUGCUCAAAUGAGAAAUGAUGUCAUAGAGGAAGACCUUGCAAAGGAGGUUCAAAAUGGAAGACUGUUUAGGCUUCUAGCAAAAUUGGGAACAAUCAAUGAGAGGCCGGAGUUUCAGAAGGAUCCUACCUGGUCGGAGACUGGAGACCGUUAUCUUUUGAAACUCUUUAGGGAUCAUCUUUUCCAUCAGGUGACAGAAGCAGGUGCUCCUUGGAUUGACCUCAGUCAUAUCAUUUCUUGUCUUAACAAGUUAGAUGCUGGUGUGCCAGAAAAAAUAAGCCUCAUUUCCAGAGACGAGAAGAGUGUGCUUGUGGUGACUUACAGUGACUUAAAGCGCUGCUUCGAAAACACUUUCCAAGAACUGAUUGCAGCUGCAAAUGGUCAGUUGUAGUAUUUGCUGAAAAAGCACGCAGGACAUGGCUGAGGACCUUAACCGAUAGCAAAUUGCACUACAGCUGAACUGUUCUCAUCCUCUCAUUUCACAUUUGGGAAACAAACAGGAGAUGAGCAAAGCUGCUUGCACUUCAGUCAGGUACACUGUUACUUGAAAGGAAGAAUGUUUCACCUAUCCUAGAGCUGUGGCUGCCAUUGGGGCCAUUAUCUGUGAAGAAUUUAUUUUAGAUUAAGGAGCACCAUUAGGUGAAUGGUGUUCCCGCUUUUGUUUUUUUCCACUUGUAUAUGCACUAAUUUUAAUUUUUUAAAGACUUUUUUCUGAUCUUUGAACUUUUGCCACAUUGUAUACUUAUUAAGGGAAACUAUUUGCAAGGACAUUUUUGGGAAACAAUGCUGGGCAGCAUUUUUGUCACUGAGGGUUGCUAAAUUUGCUCUUUUGGGGAUUGGUUGCCCUGAAUAACCUAAUGGACCAGGUAAAUAAUUUCACAGAAGUACAGUGUAGUGUAUAAUUCUUGUAAGCGUAUUGUAUGCAAGCUCUGUAUGCCACCCACACUGUUAGUUCAAAUGGAGAUUUUUGGGGGUUUUUUUGUUUUGUUUUUAAGAACACACAAAGAGAGAUCAGUGAAUUGUUGGAUCUGAGUUCCCCCAUCAGUAGAUGUAAUAAAUCCUUUCUGAGUGAGGAUUGGAUAAACAGGAACUUAAGGAGCACAUAGAGCUCUUUGCUCCAAAUUCAACCAGAGUUUUUUUAAAAAGGUGUUUCCCUGCUUAUCAGAUAUAUUUACAUUUAUGCAAUUUUUUUUAAUAGAAAAAGAAAUUCUGAUAAAGGCCUGAAGUUCAGGAGUAUAUUGCUUUAGAUUCUUUCCAGUUCGCUUUUUUGUAUAAAGUUCUGUUCUUUGAACCACAGCUUUAUUAUGGUACUUUACACUGGAUACAGACACAGAGACACUGUUCAGAGGAUGAACUAAACACAGCAGUGGUCUGGCAUCAAGAGCUUUCUGAAGUUUUACAGCCUGAAUCUGGAGGGAUAACAAUCUGCUGUGCCUUUGCAGUCACUGCUUAGCCCAAAGUAAUAGUACUUUUGAUAAUAACUUCACUAUGUGGGAUAUUCCUGAAUAAGUUAAUCUCAAAAGUUUGGAAUUUUCCUCCUCUUAACUUUCUUAAUAUUUGGACGUGCAGUUGUCGCCAAACUUGGGUAUUCAUGGAAUUUCUAGUUAAUGAAAUACCUAUACUUUGAUACGGAAGACUGCCAAAUACAUAGGAAUUUUCUUUCACAAAAAAACAGUAAUGAAGACUCUAUCUCCUUUCCCAGCACUGAAUGUUUUACUAGCACUGGGUGCUCACCAUGCAACUAUGAAGAAAAUGUGGAAACUCAAAAGGUCAGGAAAGACUUCCAAGCACUUGCAACUGAUGUUACGGUCUUCAAUUUUAAUAAUUACACAUAUUUGUAGUUUUCAGAGAAGUUUUUAAUAUUUCUCUGUCCACUUUUUAUAAGCUUUAAAAUGAUUUUCUCUGCCUUGAGAUUUGCAUCAAGAAAAAAACACCUCUUCUCACCUGAAAGCAUUGAAGACUAAAGACACGCUUUACACAUUUUAACAGGUGUGUUUGAGUCCACGUUUGGUAGCAUCAGUUGUUGAGUUAAAAAGAAAAUCAAUUAUUGCAUUUGAUCUGGAUGGAUUUUAAAAGAACAUAAUGUUCAAUAUUCAAAGGAUAAUUAACAUUUGCCACCAUAAUGUUCUUUUUUAUGUAAAAGGAACAAGAACUUGGAGACAUUAACAUGCAAAAGUCUUUUAUCAUUAGCUCAUGUAUUUGAGGAAGAGCAGCUGUCUUUUUAUAUGUUUUUUGACAAAUCAUAUUGUAAUUCUUUUGUACAAAAAAGAACUACUUGUAUUCUAGAAGAAAUAUGAAAUGCUUAAUUUAUAAGCGGGCUGGAGAUUUUUUCCAAUAUUGUUUUCUUUGAAAAUGAAAGGGGAUCAUCUAUUUUAGUUUUGGGGUCUGGGAACUUUUUGAAAAUUUAAUUUGUGGACCAAUGUUUUGUGAAAGUUAAGGAAGGGCAGGGGUAAAAUAGGGCUUGAAUUUCUCAUCCUGUAUAGACCAGCAAACUUCCCUCUGCAAGGCAGGUUCAAAUCACAAACCCAAGAAUGUUUGCAUCCUAAGUGCUAGUUUGCUUCAGCCCCUAGUAACCUCAGGACUUGGUUUGAAUAUAAAGGUAGACAGCUGAUAUGUUUUCAUGAGUAAAUAUUGUCGGCCAGACAACAGUUGGUGUCAGGUAAUACGUAUUUUUUUUAAGCCUUGUUUUAUAUUUAUUUUUCAUUUAGUUUUUAUUGGGAAUGGUUUUCAGUAGAACUCUUAGUUCUGCUUAGGUGUUUUUUGGGGGAUCCCUCUUUUCCAUAGUGUAAUUCCAUUUAAGAGGUUGUCUAAAAGUUAGUCUUUUUAAGUCAUAGGAAGAUUUUAAUAUCUGAGAGUAGUCAAAUUAAGGAUAUAAACUUCCCAUACCUUCUGUCAUGACAGAUCAAAGCACAGAAAGGACAACCCUUGAAAUCAUGUAACGUUGGUCAUUUCAAGUUUUUGUACCUAUUUUAAAUUCUGUUAGUGUAUUUACUUCAUUGUAAAUAUUUUUGAGGGUACCUUUGUAUUUUGCUUUUGACCUUGGUUCUGUGGUUUGGAUGUCAACAACUUCCCUAAAAGCACCAGUAUGUUAAGUUCUGAUGUCAUGAUCCCAAUAUGGGUUAUUCAUCUUUAAUCCUGUUUUCAGUCUCUAUGUGUACAGCCGUAUUUUUAAUAAAGAAUUACAGAGAA